UAGAUUGUGAAAUCACACGAAGUGACGUCAGUGGGCAACGAGAGAGCGUGCGCCAGUUUUGUGCCUGUCUUCUGUUAUCACCAAGUGUGCUGAUACCUGUCACCGUCUUAGCUAUAUAAGCAGUGUCCUUCUUGUAAUAAACGCUUUUGUGUUCCGUGUCGUUGCGACUCACGCGUCCGUUCAUAACAGUGGCGACGAGGCACGGUCUAACCCGUGCGUGGGCCAGGGUUUUCCGGCAGCAUGGCAGCCGGUAGUCGCAUUCGAGAGUUCAACCUCAGUGAAAACUCGUCGUGGGUGGAGUAUGUCGAGCGCAUUGAGUUGUAUUGUGCAGCGAGCAAGCUCACAACGGAUGAGGACAAGCGAGCGGUGUUGCUCAGCUGCUGUGGCCCAGAGACGUACUCCCUCAUAGCCACUCUCGUGAAGCCGUCGCGACCGCCAAACGUGGACUACCAAGUCAUCGUUGAUGCAGUAAAGAAGCACGUCAACCCGAAGCCAUCUGAACUAUACGCGAGGAAAACCCAGGACCAUGGAAACGCAGAUUGCCUGAGUAGGUUGCCGGCUCCCUUAACCCGACAGGAGACUGAACGCACGAGAAGUGGCAGCGUACACCAGUAG